AAAAUAAAAGAAAAGAAAAUUUCAGAAAAAUGUUUUCGCUCCAAGUCACGCGAAAUACGAAACCCAAAGGAAAGUCUGUUCUUCCUGACUGCGUAUAUCGCAAUUGAAACAAAAAUCCCAUUCAACAAAAACCGCACAAAAUUACUUCAAAUUUGCUUUCGAUUUCUAUACCUGUUCAAGAAGAAAUGCAUUCUUAGAUUUUUAUUUCCUUUUUGCCUCUGCCUAACUCAAUCCGAUUCUCGGGGUCAAUGGACGCAUCUAAUGCCCGAGUUCAUUCAUUUGGCCAGACUGAGAUUAAUUGGGACAAGCUCGAUAAGACUAAGUUUUAUGUUGUUGGGGCUGGUAUCUUUACUGGGAUUACAGUGGCAUUGUAUCCUGUGUCUGUUGUAAAAACCAGGCUUCAGGUGGCUACAAAGGAUACUGUUGAAAGAAAUGUAUUUUCUGUUGUCAGAGGUAUACUGAAAACAGAUGGUAUUCCUGGUCUCUACAGAGGGUUUGGUACAGUCAUUACUGGUGCAAUUCCUGCUAGGAUUAUUUUUCUUACUGCUUUGGAGACCACAAAAGUGGCAGCUUUCAAGAUGGUUGAACCAUUUAAGCUAUCUGAACCUGUGCAAGCAGCUGCAGCAAAUGGUAUUGCUGGAAUGACAGCAUCACUCUUUUCUCAAGCAGUGUUUGUGCCAAUUGAUGUGGUUAGCCAAAAGUUGAUGGUACAAGGAUAUUCUGGCCAUACAAAAUACAAUGGAGGUCUAGAUGUUGCUCGGAAAAUUCUAAAGUCUGAUGGUAUAAGAGGACUGUACAGGGGGUUUGGUCUAUCUGUUAUGACUUAUUCUCCAUCUAGUGCUGUAUGGUGGGCAAGUUAUGGUUCAAGUCAACGUGUCAUCUGGAGCAUGUUGGGCCAUGGUACUGACCUUAAGGGAGCCGCUCCUAGCCAGUUGACAAUAAUGUUAGUUCAGGGUACUGGAGGAAUUGUUGCAGGAGCAACAGCAUCUUGUAUUACAACCCCAUUGGAUACUAUCAAGACUCGCUUACAGGUGAUGGGACAAGAAAGAAAAAGCUCUGCAAGACAAGUUGUUAAGAACUUGAUUAAGGAUGAUGGAUGGGGAGGUUUAUAUAGAGGGUUGGGUCCAAGAUUUUUCAGCAUGUCAGCAUGGGGAACCUCAAUGAUAUUAGCCUAUGAAUAUUUGAAGCGAUUGUGUGCAAAAGAUGCAUAGAUGUGAUCCUGCUACACACUUCUGGCCCAGAACCGUUGCUUCUUGCCAUGUGACUGGCAAAGAUUCAGGAUUGAAAUUGACUAUAUUAAGCUUAUUCUAGAAGAUGGCUGUAUUAGAUGGAUAGUCGCAAGAAUUUCUUGUACUCUAAUCCUUGAAAUAGAAUUGUAGAAAUUGCAGUUUUGACAUUAACUGAGGAUUCAACCUCAAGGUGAUAAAUCUGGAAUAUUGGAUUUUGAAUAGGCCUCUUGGAGAUGGCCAAAAUUCUUUCAAGCAUAGAUUUUAUUCUUUCCCUUUGUUGGGAUCUCUUUAGGUUAAAUUUGAAUAAAUUAGAGGCUGUCACUGUUGUUUUUAUUUUCAUUUAGCUUAGCAAUUUUAUCCUUAUUACAAAGUAUGUCAGAUAUGAUAUUUUGCACUUA